GGAAACUUUUGAACAACAUCGCACACAACACGGGAAUCCCAUCGAGGUCGAUUCGGACGAUGGGCCGAGCGACGCAGUUAGCGACGAAACGACAGAAGCUCAUCGCCGAGCAGACGAUGCUGCGCAAGUCCCUUGCACUCCUCGAAUCAGACACGCACGAAGACUUGUUGUCUCGUUUGGUGCCAUUGGAGCUCGAGCGUGCUCGUUCGAUUGCCAGGGCAGAAACAAUGUCGGCGCACCUUGUCCACAGCGCGGACGUAAUCUACGUGUACGAAUGCGAAGAAGCUGAGAAGGAAUACGAAUUGAGCUGCUCGAAGCUCAAGAACGACAUGCUGGAAGAGAUCCGACUUGAAAUGGAACGCGUCAAGGAACAGAAACGCUCCGGGUUCGGGUCGGCGUCGUACAACAAGGCGGCACUCGCUCUCCAACGACAAACAAACAUGCGCAAGACGCGUAGCAGCAAGAAACCGACUUCGAACCGCGGCCUCGGGUCGCUGGGGUUUGCCGACGACUGGGGACGACCGGCACCCAAACGCCUCAACACAGUGUUUACGCCCCUGCACAAGACAUUGUCGGCGAUCGAGAUUGCAGAGGACGUGGAGUUCGUGGAGAACUUGGAGCGAGCAUUCAAUGAGUCCGAGGAGGCAUCCCGUCGCCGAAAAACGUCGUCUGCAAAUGCAGACGCAUGUCCAACAAGUGUGUUUGCCCGCUUUGUGCGGGGCAAGGUGCUUUAUCGAGACCUCGUGUUACAAGAAGACGAUCACGUCCGCGUGACCAAGUUUAUUGCGCCGCCAGGAACUGCGUCAGGAACCGACGACACCACUGUCAUCACGUACAAUGCGAUCGUGUGCGAUCUCACUUCUGCCGAAAUCUUCGUGCUCAAGGAAAACGGCAAGUACACGCGAUUGCUCGUGCAGGACCUGCGCAAUGGAAGCGUCGUGAUUGAUCCCGCCGAUGGAGGUGACAGCGAGUAGAGCACCCUUGGCUGAGUAGAAAACCACAAGAACAGUGUAAAGCCUGCCCACGGUCAACUUAAUCAAGAAAGCUCAUGGGGCUUCGGAGGUGUCUUCAUUAUCGACAAAGG